AUGACGUCUUCACCUUCAUUCAUCCCUCCUUCAUCCACCUUUUUAUCCACUAAGCCGAUGCAGAGGCUUCAGCCAGGUAUUCGAUGUGUUGACCCAGUUAGCCAGCAGGGUAACCGCAGGAUGAAGGCUGCGGCUGACUUCGCCAAGGCCCACCUGUCUGGGGCGCUCCGCCAGCAGCUACUGACCUACGAACGUGAGAGAGAGCGAGACAGAGAAAAAGACAAGGAGAAAGAAGAAAAAAAGGAAAGGGGCGGCCUGUCCUAUCCUUCCAUACUGGAGCAGCAGAUAUUGAAUCUGGACAGAGAAAUGCUUGAGAAGCUCUCUGCCACUUACAAUGAAGCAGGUACUACGUGUCUGGUGGCCCUGCUCUCUGAUAAGGAGUUGACGGUGGCCAACGUUGGAGACUCGCGUGGAGUUCUUUGUGACAAAGACGGAAACGCUAUUCCUCUGUCGCAUGACCACAAACCUUACCAGCUAAAAGAACGCAAGAGGAUCAAGAAGGCUGGUGGGUUCAUCAGCUUCAACGGCUCGUGGCGUGUGCAGGGCAUCCUGGCCAUGUCCCGUUCUCUGGGCGAUUACCCGCUGAAGAACCUCAACGUGGUCAUUCCCAAUCCGGACAUCAUGACGUUUGACCUGAACAAGCUGCAGCCGGAGUUCAUGAUCCUGGCCUCGGACGGCCUGUGGGACACCUUCAGCAACGAGGAGGCGGUUCGCUUCAUCAGGGAACGACUGGCCGAGCCUCAUUUCGGCGCAAAGAGCAUCGUCCUCCAAUCCUUUUAUCGUGGCUGCCCUGACAACAUCACCGUCAUGGUAGUCAAGUUUAAAGGCAAGGCCAGCGAGAAGUAGACACAACAACACACAGCAUCUAUAUCAUGUUUGAAUAUUAGUGAGAAGUAAUAGGGUUAAGAUGAGAGAUUUAAAAACUCAAAACAACAUUUUGGGUGAGAACAAUUUCUAUCACAGAUAUUUGCAGUUCCCCUCCUUUACUUUUAUUGCUUUCAUUUAGUUAUGCAACAACAGAUUGAGCUGUGUGUGUGCGUGCGUGCGUGUGUAUGCUUGAGAAUAUGAAAAUAAUUGAUAUAUUUCACGUUAACAACCAAUGCAUUGCCUGUCCAAUAAUGAGAAAAUGACAGUAAACAAGCUAGCAUGGAGUUUCACUUCCACGUCAUUUCAAAGGUCAGGUCUUCCACUAUGUGACCACUAAUGUUUAUGCUUUUAGUUUUCUAACUCUGUUGUUACAUCAUUUAAUUGUAGACUUGUGUCUACCAAGUGACUGCACUGAAAAGGUAUUUUUUUCCUGGAUCAUUUACAUGUCACUGGUGCAAAUAUGAUUGUAUUCCCUUUAUACAGGAACAACACAAAUGAUACUAUGCUUGUUUAAAUAUCACCAUCGAUAUUGUACAGCAAUACAACCAAUUACAAUGGUCGCAUCAGACUUGCUGAUCAUGGGAAUUUGAUGUAAGGAUGAAAGUUUUUUGUCUUGAAUUUUAUAAUUUUAGAUGUUGAAUGUCUAAGUUCACUUAAAUUGAUUGCUGUUUUUGUGCUAAUAAAGUCUCAAUUCUGUUUUAAUUGUUGAUACAUAUUACAUUUGUGAAAGCUGAGACUCUGGUAUGAUCCCCACCUUAUCAGCAUUUAUGUAACUACUGAUAAUGUAAUGCUGUAGAUUGUUAAAAGAAAAUCUCACAACUUAAAAAAACAAAAACAUUUUAAACUUGAGGAAGGAGUUACAGGCAGUUACAAUUGUGAAUGAUUUAGCAAUUUAAAUUAUCAAGAAAGAUUUACCAGCCUUAGGCUUCUUUUUUGCAUAAUUAUUGACGUGCUAGUCCUUUAUCUGAGGUUUCUUAAAUUAUCACAUGACAAAUUAACGUUACAAUUUCAGCCUUUAAUGCCAUGUCCUCUACAUCCUGCUAUUGAUCAUUAUUAACAUUUUCCUGAACUGUAACUCAAAAUGUAACAAGCCUUUGAAUGAAUUGUGUUAUUGUUGCCUUAUUUUUUAAACUGUUGAUUUCCUGUUAUGAAGUCUGCUACCAAAACUACUUUCAGUUUAAUGUAUUGCCGUCGAUUAUGCCAUGCACACUGCUCGACCCUGAAGUCGUACAUUUUAACUCCCAUGUAAAAUAGCAUUAUGGGAAGAAAUGUCUCUAAGAGACAUGGAAUUGUAAGAUGAAUGUACAUACUGUCCUCAUGUUAGUAUCACCCCUCCACUGUUCAUGCAUCAAUGAAUAAAGCAGUGCGCCUGUU